CUGCUGUGGAUAUGCAAGGCCACGAAUGAUAGCAAGGCAAGUUUACCAAGGUAGACCACGGUGCUCGUAAUGCCGAGUUCGAGGUCUCAGGUAAUUAAUAGGUACCGGUAUCACUAAAGCCCCUUCCCAAGAACAGCGUACGGUAUGUGAGUGCCUUAACCAUCUUCAACAGCUUCGGCGUCGCGCGCUGACAAGCGCCCGAGCAACGUACAAAAUUGACAGCUGACAUAUCCUGUGGACGACUUUCUCACCCGCAGUACUCUCACCAUCCCCCUCUCACUCGUCGGGUUGUUACUUCAACGAGCCUGGUGAAGCUUGGGUUGUAUGUAAAUCCACUAUUAGUCGCGUUCAGUGCAGGUUGCAGGGCAGUGCGAGAAAGACAAAACACCAUUAAUCGACUCUCGAGAGGCAAGACAACUCCAUGUCGGACUAUGAUUAUCAACAACAAAGAGGACAAUGGCCAGAAUUUGCGUCUGAAUAUCCUCCACCUACAUCCUACUUGGCGCCCACAAAUGUGACUUCAUCCGGUGCUAGGGCAACGUUUCGUGCCCUUCCUCUCUUACCAGACGACUUGGUGACGACGCGAGUCACUGUCUCGCACUCGUCCGUGAAACCGAAUGAUCGUGGGAAGGAGGUUUUAUCAUUCGUUAUUAUUGUGGACCCGGGAAGUGACAAAGAUCCAUGGAAGGUGGAGAAGCUGUAUUCGGAUGUGUUGAGUUUUGAUAAUCGCAUGCGGGCUAGCGUGGGGAAGGGUGUCGGGAAGAAGAUGGCAGUACUUCCAGAGGGGAAGAUCUGGAGGGACCAUGCACCAGCGAAGUCCGAUCAACGAAAGGCCGCACUCGAGGUGUAUCUCCAAUCAUUAGUCGAUCUACCUGUGAAAAAUAAGGACGAAAUUAUCGCUUUCUUCACUUCCAACAUCAUUCGGGAGACCGAUAAGCCCGUCAUGCAGGUUGGAUACAAGGAAGGAUACCUGACGAAGCGAGGGAAGAACUUUGGUGGGUGGAAGUCGCGAUAUUUUGUUCUCGAUGGUCCAGUGUUAAGAUAUUAUGAAUGCCGUGGAGGCGCCCAUCUUGGUUCAAUAGUGAUUACGUCCGCCCAGAUAGGGCAACCGCAGCGCGAUAGUGACAAUGAAGGAAUUUAUCGUCAUGCUUUCCUCAUCAUCGAGGCAAACAAAGCUCCAAAGGUAUCUCACUCGCGCCAUGUCCUCUGUGCAGAAAGCGAUUCAGAGCGUGACAACUGGGUUGACAUUCUUGUGCGGUAUGUAUCCGGAACGUUCGAGGGGGAUCCUGUCGCAUCCAUUUCCGUUUCCCCGAGUUCGAUACCUAUCAAUGUCGACGUUCCUCCUGGGCAGGGGCUUGGAUCUGGGCAGCCGAAAUCAGAUACGAGUUCCGAUCAAGACGGUCCAUCGUUCACGCCUAUUGAAAAGCGCUCCAUGUGGGCAAUGUCUAAGGAUGAUAUCUCGCGUGGUCCUACAGUACCCAUCAGCCAGCUUACUCAAGAUGGUACCAACGCGAAGCUCUUCCACUCCACACCAAUCCCUGUGGACACUGAGGAUCCAAACCCACCCUCUGCUAGUUCUACCAAGGGAAUCGACCCGUCAGCCCACAACGAGCGAGACUAUUACACUGCGGAGGAGACGGCCCGGCGUAUUUUGGAGCGUGGGCAGCGUUCUGGGAGCUCAGAGCAGCUUUCAAACUCGUUGCCCUCCUUGCCGCUAGUCGGAGCCAGUGGAAAUAUGCCUGUGGACAAGUCGAUAACUCACGUUCCCAGAGCUAUCUUUGGCAUCCCACUCGAAGAAUCCAUUGAGGUUGCAGAGAUCGCUCGUCUGCCUGCAGUGGUUUUCAGGUGCAUCCAAUAUCUGGAGGCCAAGAAGGCAGACCAAGAAGAGGGCAUAUACCGCUUCAGUGGAAGCUUAGCUGUUAUUAAAGGGCUGAAAGACCGCUUCAACGCUAAGGGUGACAUGGAUCUCCUUGCGUCAGAUAGAUAUUGGAACCCUCACGCCAUCGCUGGGCUCUUGAAGUGUUUUUUGCGGGAGUUACCUACCAGUAUACUGACACGCGAGUUGCGUCCGAAGUUCCUGGCAGUGAUAGACCUCAUCGACGCACAGGAACGCAUUCGAGAACUAUCUGACCUCGUCUCCUCCUUGCCGAUCGCUAACUAUAGCCUGUUGCUCGCUCUCACAGCCCAUCUCAUCCUCAUCGUUCAAAACUCAACGGUGAACAAGAUGUCGAUGAGUAACGUCGGCAUUGUAUUCAGUCCUGUCCUUGGUAUUCCUGCGAACGUGUUGAGUCUGAUGUUGGGCGAGUUCAACCGCGUGUUUAGUGUUGACGCUGGCCAGGGUAAUGCGGACAAUGACGGGGAGCCGAAACCCAGGAACAGUCGACAGCAUUCGGACGCUGCUGCUGAUCAGUUACUGGACUUGCCUGAGAGCUUGAAUGCACCUUUCGAAGAAACCUCCUCAGAAGACGGUGGCAGGAUUUUCCUUCAUUAUGAAAGGGGAAACGCCCAAUCAGAAUCAUCAAGACAGACUCGGACUGGCAGUAAUCUUUCCCUCGACCUCGCUACUCUCUCAGUUACCCCCGCAACAGAUCUUUCUGCGGUCGACCUCCCUUUUCGUCAGCAUCACCAGUCUUCUUCAAUCACUCUUAGGCCUGUGUCCCCCUCCCUCCUAUCUAUGCAACCCCAGGUUCAGUCUCUCUGGUGAGCUUGGUUGAAAUAUACACCUUACUCACCUGGCUACCUAGACUUCCGCUUCUUCAAACACAACGGUAAUAGAGGAACCCACCAGCCAAGAAUUACCAGUUUCUCUGUCAGAUCCGCUGAAAGAUCUUACCAACGAACUCCGAGAAAGAUCGCCCUAUCCGGUUACUUCCGGAGGUUUUGGGGACAUCUGGAAGUGUCUUUUAGUGAAGCACGCUGAGACCGUUCAGGUAGCAGUGAAGACCAUUCGCGCUUUCGAGUCCGAUAACAAGGCCUUAGUACGGAAAAACACGAAGGUAAUGUUCUCUU